AUGCCGUUUAUUGGUGCUUCUACCGAUUCGCGUAGUGGGUUUCAUACACUGAUGGAAAAACAUUCGAGAGCCUCAACACCAGUGUCUUCCACUUCAAGUUUUAAACGUGCCGCCACUGGCACUUCAACGGCAGAGUUAUCUUCUGCAGAUGAUGAUACACAGAGUUUAGCAUCAUUUUCGAGGCUUCCGACUACCAGUGACAUUAUUGAACAGCCAGAACCAAUUAACCAAUUGAGGAAAUCAUCGACGAUAUCAACUAUAUCUUCCAUAUCGUCAUCGUCUAACGGUUCUAUUUUCACAGAUUCUGAUAUUAGAGAACUCCUGAGGUUCCCAAAUUCUUCAACACAUGCAUAUUCGUACAACCCAUUAUCACCUUACUCGUUGUCGGUACGGCUAACGAUAUUGAAACGGUCCAUUGAAAUUAUGAUCAAUAAUCCUUCACUUUUGAGCGAUUCUGAUGAGCCUCAUACUUUUGUUAAUAUCGACGAAGCUAAGAAACUAAUUCCUCAGAAAUCUCAACUACAGACACCGGUACCACCCAAAGUACUGCGAAAUGCUUCAUCAGCUGCAUUAUCGGCCUUUUUCACCAACAAGAAUCAAGACUUGUCUCCUGUAAAAACUUUGGUUAGUUUGAACUCCAAAAAUUCAGCAUCGUCAAAUCAGCUCGAUAACCAACAACAAAAAGGCCUUCCGACAUCUGUUAAUAUAAUACGAUCAAGCUCAAAUCCUUUGGCAACAACUUGGGAGAUCGGCAGUGGACAAACAAGCGAAAAUACUAGUGCAUCUUCAUCCAGGAGAAAUUCCCUCGUUUCUAAUCUUCAAUCAUCGUUAAAUGAUCAUCUAACGAACAAAGCACCUCCUUACUAUGGCGACACUGCAACUGUCGAUUAUGAAGAGAAGAAAAAAUCUGAUCUUGAAGCAUUGCUAGAUUUACUCAAUAAAGCUUUGCAAAAUAAUACGGAUGAUGCUGCAUCAAGUCUUCACGAGAUGUCACUAUUCAACAUUAAUAAACUUGCCAUACCGUCACCACCUAACAAUGGAAAUGGAAGCGGUAAAUAUGUUGAUAAUGGAGCAACAACAAAAUAUGACAUCAAUUACGACGCACAUGAUACUGCGAUUAAGAAACAAUUAUUGGAGAGUUUGGCUCAACCGUUCCAUGAAAUUUAUAACACAAGGGAAGCUUUGAUGGACGAAAAAGAUCUUGAAUUUAAAGUGGAAGAAUAUUCAAGAGAUCCGAAUUCGUUAAUAACCGGUAAUAGAAUUCUUCACACAUUCACGUCCCAAAAGAAUUCGUCCCCAAAGGCAAUAUUUACUUGUUCUCAGCAGCACCCUUGGAAGUUUAGAGCAGCAAAUGACCUUGCAUGUUUGAUAUUUGGUAUAUCAAUGAAUGCAAUGCGUGCUCUAACAUUAUUAGAUUUGAUUCAUAGUGAUAGCAGAAACUUUGUUCUCAACAAAAUCAUGACUACGGAAGGUCAAGAGCAGGUAUUUACAGGAGAAAUUGUUGGGAUUAAGCAACCGGGACAUGCUUCCUCUGGUCUAAUUUGGUCAUCAAUCUGGGCUAAACGUAAAAAUGGUUUAAUCGUAUGUGUAUUCGAGAAAGUUCCCUGUGAUUACAUGGAUGUUCUCCUAAACUUAGAAGACUAUAGCAUCGAGAACGUUGUGGGUGGAGAAGGUUUGCAGUAUGAUACAAAGAAUUUCUCUAUGAAAGAGCCUCAGGAAGUUGAUGGCACAGGAAAAAAGUCAGUAAAGUUCGAACAUCAACUUCCUGACGUUGAGUCGAUUAGUAAAUCUCUAUGGCAGGUUGUAAAGGACGUUACUUCAGGUAAGUUAAUGGGACCGGACGAUGAUUUACUACCAAUGCCAUUGAGAGUUGCAAAUACUAUAAACGAUAUCAGGUACUAUACAUUGAAUUACUUGGAAUAUAAUAUUCCAUGUGCAGUUUCAUGUUCUAUAUUAGAUACCGAAUUAAAGCUUAAGAUACACAGCUUGCCUUAUCAAACGGGUGUCUUCAUUUUGAACUUGCACACAUAUGAGAUGGUCUCCUUUAACAAAUCGAUAUCUAAAAACAUGUUUGGUCUUCAUUACGCGGAAUUGGUGGGGAAGAGCAUUGAAGAAGUUAUCCCAUCAUUCCCUUCGAUGAUUGCUUAUAUUAAGCGAAACUACCCACAGUGGGAUAUUGCUUUGCCUACAAACAAGGGUUUAGUGUUAACGGAGCACUUUUUCAGGAAAAUUGAUUGUGAGAUGCGAGGAAAAGGAGAGGAAUUCUAUCACUCUAUUGGCUUGAAUGCUCUACACAGAGAUGGAUCUUUCAUAAAGGUUGAUGUACAAUUGCGCGUUAUCAGUUGGAAUUACAUGGUGUUAUGGAUAACUUACUCAAGAGAUCUUUUCGGGAAAAACUAUUCUUCAAAUCCAUCUCAAUUGAAGAUUCUCAACGAAAACAAUAUCAAUGUUGUCACAAGUGCCAGUUCGGAAGGUUCUUCAAAAACCAACAGUGAGAAGAUUUCAGUGACUGAUUUCAAGCAAAUGCAUGAUGAUUUGGAAAAGAUGAAUCUGAGUCUAGAAGGAAGUACUGUCGGCUCGCAUCUGGAGAAAAAUCCAAUGGAAGAAAAGAAGGAGGAAAACAAAGAAGUUGAAGAAACAGAAGAAGUUCCGGACGAUGAUCUGGAAUUGAAAGCAAAACUAGAAGUUGCUAAAAGGUUUCAUCAGGACAAGUCACAGUUUGUUAAAGAUGACAAUUUCAAAUUAGACAAGGAACUUAUUGUUAAUAUCACAUCAGCUUCUCCACCUGCACAAGAUGACCAGUACAAUAUGGAUUCUACAGCUUCUGACAGUUCAAUUCAAACAUCCAACACUUCGAAAUCCUACGUGAUCGGAUCUCAGAAACAUACCAAAAAGUUUUCUGACUUCCUUGUUUUACAGAAGAUGGGAGAAGGCGCCUACGGUAAGGUUGAUUUAUGCAUGCACAAAAAGGAUAAGUACAUUGUUGUCAUCAAACGUAUCUACAAAGAAAGAAUUCUUGUUGAUACCUGGGUUAGAGAUCGAACGUUGGGAACUAUACCAUCGGAGAUCCAGAUUAUGGUUACCCUUAAUCGGAAACCUCAUGAAAAUAUACUGAGGAUCUUGGAUUUCUUUGAAGACGAUGAUUACUAUUACCUUGAGACAGAAAUGCAUGGAGAAACAGGGUCGAUUGAUUUGUUUGAUUUAAUAGAACUUAAAACGAAUAUGACUGAAUUUGAAGCGAAACUUUUGUUCAAGCAAGUCGCUUCUGGUAUCAAACACCUGCACGAUAAUGGAAUAGUCCAUAGAGAUAUAAAAGAUGAGAACGUAAUCGUGGACAACAAGGGGUUUGUUAAGCUAAUUGAUUUUGGAUCAGCUGCUUAUGUCAAAAGUGGUCCAUUCGACGUUUUCGUCGGAACCAUUGAUUAUGCUGCACCGGAAGUAUUGGGAGGAGAGCCAUAUGAAGGUAAACCUCAAGAUAUAUGGGCAAUUGGUGUAUUAUUGUAUACCAUAAUUUACAAAGAAAAUCCAUUUUACAAUAUAGAUGAAAUUUUAGACGGUGACUUGAGAAUUCAAUCUACACACGAAGUUAGUGCCGAAUGCGUUGCUUUAAUAAGAAAAAUACUUAACCGGUCCGUCUCAAAAAGACCGACCAUUGACGACAUCAUGGAAGAUUCGUGGCUUCAAUUAUAA